AUGGGCCCUCCUCCAAAGCCGAAGAAAAUACCACCUCCCCCGGCAUGCUUUUCUCCAGAUGACCUAGUGAGAUUUAAGGAAAUGUUUAAAGCACAUGAUGAGGAAAACAUAGAAAAGGUUAAAUUACAAGACAUUCCGUUGAUGUUGAGAAAAUUAGGUUUUAAUCCAAAGGGUGAAGAAAUUCGGCAACUUUUUCAGCAAUUUUUAGAAGAUGAUCUCGUGGACACCGUAGAAUAUCACGAGUGGCUUUUCAUGAUCGAAGCUAAAAUGGGAUGGGGUGAUGACUUUGAAAUGGCUGUGACUAAAGCUUUCGCAGCUUUAGGACAUGAUGAUGAAGAAACGGGAGUAGCCGAUCUAGAAUUACUCAAAGAGGAACUAAUGCAAUGGGGAGAGCCAUUAACUGAUAUUGAAUUUGUAGACUUUCUAAGAUUGGCAACGAAAGAUAAAACAUACAAUCCAGAAGAUGGCAAAUUUAAUUAUGUUAAAUUCAUUGAGAAUAUGAAUAAUAAAGAUGAAAAAUUCUUCAAAGAACCUAUUAAUUUCUUCAAAUUAGAUCAGAAGACUUUGGCCGAAAUGGCUAUGAAGAAAGUUCAAGAAGAAAAAGAGGAGCAAGCAAAAAUGGAAAAUGAAAGGCUGGCUAGAGAAGAAGCGAAAAGGCAGAAAAUGAUAAGUCAAGGCUUGAUUCCGUCGUAA